CGUACCGCGCACACAACGACACGAUGCCGUUGCCCUUUAACAAGACUCUAGAUUUGACUUUACUAAAGCUAGUUAAAGAAAACCCAAUCAUUUACAACUCCAAACAUCCCAAGUACCUAGAUUUUGACACCAGAGAGGUUGUUUGGCAGAAGAUCGGCGAUAUUUUAAACCGGCCCGCACAGGUCGCAAAGCAAAGGUGGAUAAACAUCCGAGACAUGAUGCGUCGGAAGAUCAGAGACCGCCUGCGGAACCCCAACCACCGCAGCUACAACUACAAAUACGAGGAAGAAAUGUCCUUCAUGCUUCCCUAUUUCAAGGAAACUACAUCAAACGCGAACGACGAAUACAGCGACUUCUUCGACGAAAGCCCUUGCGAGGUUGAACUGCCAGAAGUAUUCACCGAGCAGUCAGAAUUCAGCCGAGCGGACCCGAGAGACGUAAAACCCAAUCUUACAUACAAGAAACGUCUGGAAGAUUCAACAUUUAACGACUCUAGGAAUGAAUUCGGUCAGGACCUGAAUCCCGCCGAUCCGAUAGACGUUUUCCUUAUAACCAUAGGUUCAACUUUGAGGAAGUUUAGCCCAUAUUACUUGAACCAGGCGAAGAGUAAGAUAUUCCAAGUUGUGCAAGACUACGAACUGCAGCAGAUAGUUGAUAAAGAACAACCCAGCGUCAGUGAUACUAAUAGAUAAGAAUAAAAUAUACUACGACAAUACACACAUCGCUAUCUAGCCCAAAAGUAA